UUAUUUCCUUAAUAAAGUAUUAUCAAAAUGCCCGGAGGAGGUGAAAUGCCCAAGACCAAGCAAGCUGCCCAGAACAAGGCCUGUCUCAUCUGUAUUGAUGGUUGGGGUAUUGGCGAAAGAGAAGAUCACCUUGGCGAUGCCAUCUACAACGCUGAAACUCCUGUUAUGGAUAAGCUCGAAAAGGAAGUUCCUUUCGUUCCCAUUGCUGCUCACGGUCUUUCCGUCGGUCUUCCUGAUGGUUUGAUGGGUAACUCUGAAGUUGGUCAUCUUAACAUUGGUGCCGGUCGUGUUGUCUAUCAAGAUAUUGUCCGUAUCGAUCUUGCUAUGAAGAACAAGGAAUUCGGUCAAGUCGAAAACAUCAAGGGUGCUUUUGAACGUGCCAAGAAUGGCAAUGGCCGUCUUCACUUCAUGGGUCUCGUUUCCGACGGUGGUGUUCACGGUCAUAUUGAUCAUCUUGUUGCUCUCUUGACUGCCGCCAAGGAAGCUGGUGUCCCCGAAUCCUACAUUCACUUCUUCGGUGAUGGUCGUGAUACCGCUCCUAAGUCCGCUGCCAAGUAUAUGCAACAACUUGUUGAUGCUCUCAAGCAACUUGGUUACGGUAAGAUUGCUGAUAUUUGCGGUCGUUACUAUGCUAUGGACCGUGAUAAGCGUUGGGAACGUGUCCAAAUUGCUUUCGACGGUAUGACCCAAGCUAAGGGCGAAAAGGUUGAAGACCCUGUCAAGGCCAUUGAAGCUCGUUAUGAACAAGGUGAGACUGAUGAAUUCUUGAAGCCUAUCAUCAUCAACGAAGAAGGUCAAAUCAAGGAGAACGAUACCAUCUUCUGUUUCAACUUCCGUUCUGACCGUAUGCGUGAAAUGUCUCAAGCCCUUGGUAUUGCUCCUUGUCCCUUCGAUUCCCCUGUCCCUAAGAACAUUGAAGUCUUCACCAUGACUCAAUACAAGGGCGAUUUCCCCUUCAAGGUCGCUUUCCCUGCUCAAACUAUGGAUAACGUCCUUGCUGAAUGGUUGUCCAAGAACGAUGUUCCUCAAAUGCAUAUUGCUGAAACUGAAAAGUACGCUCAUGUUACUUUCUUCUUCAACGGUGGUUCUGAAGCUCAAUUCCCUGGCGAAGAACGUGGUUUGGUUCCCUCUCCCAAGGUUGCUACUUAUGAUCUUCAACCUGAAAUGUCCGCUGCUGGUGUUGCUGAUGAAGUCGCCAAGGCCAUUGAUUCUGGUAAGUAUCCUCUUGUCAUGUGUAACUUCGCCCCCCCUGAUAUGGUUGGUCACACUGGUGUCUACGAAGCCGCUAAGGUUGGUGUCCAUGCUACUGAUAAGGCUAUCGGUGUUGUUCUCGAAGCCUGUAAGAAGAACGGUUACGCUCUUUUCAUCACAGCCGAUCACGGUAAUGCCGAAAAGAUGAUUGCUGACGAUGGCAAGUCUCCUUUCACUGCUCACACUUGUGCUAAGGUUCCCUUCAUCAUGGCUAACGCCAAUGAUGCUAAGUUCAAGGAUGGUGCCGAAGGUGCUCUCUGUGAUGUUGCUCCUACUGUCCUCCAAUACAUGGGUCUCGAUAUCCCCAAGGAAAUGACCGGCAAGUCUUUGUUGGCUUAGAUAUGUUGAUAUUUAUAUUAUAAAUUGUCCCUUUAAUCUCUCAACGUAGUGUAUAGUCUCUUUUCAUAUUGAUUUCUUUAGAUCUUCAUGUGCAUUCUCAUCGUUAAAAAAAAAAAGUAAUAUUUUUGUUUUGUCAUAAAUAAACUUUGUACAUUUCUUUUGCAUGGAAAAAAUAUAUUUCAG